UCAGUUCCUGUUUGCAUUAAUCUAAUCUAUACUAAUUUGUUUUGAUCUUUUGAAUUUUAUGGUUAAUGGCGAGGUGACAACAAGAUCUUAUGAUGGAUGGAAAUAGAUGGGCAGAUUUUGGUGCAUCAGCUGUAAAUAAAGAGAAUGAUGACGACGAUUGGGCAGACUUUGGAGGUUUCGAGUCUGCUACACCAGCUGCAAAUGCAAGUAGUGCACCUGGAUCUCUAAUCACAUGGGCUGCAGUUGCCUCACCACUAUCAUCACCCAGCACAACUGCAACAUCAUCACCUAAUCCUGUGCCGUCAUUCAACACUUCAAGUGAAACUGGCAAAAUUCCAACUUCUUCAAUCCCUAAUGCUCCAGCUGUUAAUGACCACGCAGACUUUAUUGGCUCAUUCCUUUUAAACAAUCAAAAUGUCUCUCCAGAGACAUCUGCAUCGUCAGGAAAAUCUUUGAAAGAAGAAGAAAACAAGCCUGACUACAAGACAGAAUAUGACAGCUUCCACGCAGAUUUUUCUUCUUUUCUGAAUGAAGCAUUAACUGAACCAAUGGAAUCAAUUUCAGAUCCAUGGGAGGAUGUUAGCAAAGAACAAGGUCAAAAACUUCAGACACAAGCCAGUUAUACAAAUGGUGAAAAUUCAGCUGUGACAAAUACAAAAUUUGUUUCAUCAAACAUCACAGCUGUAAAUCAGGAAACACAAGAAAACAGUCCUAAUGCAUUUGAUACUUUAGAUAAAGAAGUGUCAUCAGCCCAAGACAUACUAUCGGUUGUAAUGGCACAACAACAGCCAAGUUCAUUGUUUGAAAAGCCAACAGACAGUGUUCACAGGGAACUUACUCUGCAGCUUCAAGAUGCAAAAAAAGCAAACAAGGAACUUGAGGGGAAGGUGGAUGGACUUCAAGGAAAAUUAUCCAUUUCUGAACAAGAAAAAGUAAUGUUACAAAAGGACCUAGAUGCACUUCUAAAAAAGGACAAAGCUCUUGAAGAAGAAUCACAGAAUCUUACUGAAAUGCUUGCCAAACAAACUGAGAAAUAUGAACAUCUCCAGGAACAGCAUGAAAAUCAAGUAAAAGAGAUUAGAAAAGCUGGCCAUGAUACCCUGGCUGUAAUUGUGGAAGAAUACAAGGAAUUAUCCAGAAAAGCUGUUUUGGAACAACAAGAAUGCAACAAGAAUGAAAUGGAAAAGCUUUUGGAAGAUCAAAGAAAGAAAUUUCAGGACUUCCUCCAAGUUCAGCGAGAGAGCUUUGAAAGAACUUUACAAGAGGAGAAGAAACAGAAUGAACAAAAAGCAAGUGUUUUGUUAGAUGAAGAAAAACAAAGGCACAAGGAGGAGAUCGAAUCUUAUCUUGAACAAGAACGAUCAAAGAGUAAAGAAGCCUUAGACAAAGCUAUUGAGGAUGCAAAACAACAGUGCGCAGAAGCUGUUGAAGCUGCGAGAAAAGAGGAGAGGAGAAAAUAUGAGGAAUUCAUUACAGAACAUGAGGAAGCCGUCAAAACAAUAACAGACCGCGAAGGACACAGGCUACAAAGACUUGUGGAGGAUGUUAUGAAAGAAGAGAGAGAAGCCAACAAAGUUGUUUUGGAAGAGGCUCUGAAAGAGGAAAGGCAGAAAGGGAAGGAGUUUGCUGAGGAAAUAAAGGAGGAGACAAAGAAAGAAAUGUUGGAAUACUCACGAGUUAAACAAGAGGCUGACAGAGCUGCUCGUCAAAAGUACCUUCAUGGUCUGGACCUAUUUUUGGAGAGCGCAAGGGCUCAGCUGAAAAUGCUGAUGGAGGACCAACGUAAUAAAGACCCCAGCAGCGACUAGACAAUGUUGUAGUGAUUACAGCUAAAAUAAGAAUGACAACAAAAAUUCCUAACUAUUAAGGCACAAGGUGUUUCAGUAAUUUUCUUUAAGGGACAAUCUAGUCGCUUUUUUCGUAAGGAAGGUUGAUAGUUUGUUUCUUUUUAUAAUAGGUAGUUAUUUUUUUAAUAAUUAAUAGGCAAGUGAAUUUGAUACAGUGGUAUUGUGGGUGUUUUCAUUAUCGAAUCUCACUUACUAAUGAUUUCUGAGAAAUCAUCUAAUGCACGUUUGCAAUGGUCGACGUUUAGAUAAACAUCAAAACUCGUCAAAUUUCUUUAAAAAUAAACCGUACACAGACAGUAA